AUGGCUGUGAACCACAUCAACGGGAUAGAGAUCCACUUACAGCACAAGCAAGCUUUCAUUGAGAAUAAGCUCAUUGAGAAGAUGCCUGCUCACAGCCCCAAGGGACUCUUCUUAAAUGUAGAGGUAGCUGGAGACAAUCAAAAACUGACCAGCACUGCUCCCUGGGAACCUGUACCAGACCGUCCGGGAAGAUUUGAACACUGGCAUCAAGUGCUGUCUGACAAGAAUUUGUACUUUAGCCUCUACUAUUUUAAGAUUGAGAUACAUGGGGCUGAUGUUUACCCUGGCAUGACAAACAGAAGCAUUGAGCAGACAGGGUCAGAAAGCAACAGCUGCACCUCGCGGAACAACUUCUCCUGGAGCAUCCUGCAGAGUUGGAAGGGGUUUUGUGCACAGCACAGUGAUAUGGAGGUGCCCCUCAAAAUGAAUGUGUUUGGUAAGAUAGGGGUCUACCUGAACUACCCCAGCAGGACCUUGUCCUUUUACAGAGUCACCUACAAUGAUGUGACCUUGAUGCACCAGUUUGAAUAUGAUAUUGCUGAGCCCUUCUACCCCAGCUUUUGGCUUUUGAAGAAAGAAAUCUGUUCAGGAUGA